AUGGCGGCAGAAUCUUCGACAGCUCGGCUCACCCUGCCUUCCUGUCAGCAGAGGGGAAGGAAGGGUCGGCCCUGGGUAGCUGCUGAGAUUCAGUGCACUCGGUGUGACAGAAUGGUGACCAAAGCUUCCGGUCACCAUCAUGAGUUUCAGUGUGGACAUGCUUUAUGUGAACUGUGUUUAUUAACUGAAGAAUAUAGCAAAAUUAUAUGCCCUGCUUGUGAGGUUGCUACAUCUAUAAAUACUAGACAAGGAUACUAUCCAAUAGAUGGAUAUCUUAAAGAAGGUUCUUUUAUGGACAAACUGCAGCCUAAAAAGAUAAAGAAUUGUUCUCAGGACUUUAAAAAGACUGCUGAUCAGCUAACUAUUGGUUUAGAACACGUUGGUUCACCAUCCACACACAGGACUGUUUUGAAUUCAUCAGCUGUAAUGGCGGAGACUAAAACUACAGAAGAAAUUGAUGAAGCACUAAAGAUAGCAGGCAAUAAUUUUGAACAAUUAAGUAUUGCUGUAAAAAUGCUUGAACACAUACACAAUCAAACACAAGAGGAGACAGCCAGUCUUUUAAAGGAUCUGGAGAAACAGUUUGAUCAACUUUUUACUUCUCUUGAUUCCAGGAAAAAGAACUUGUGUGAAGAAGUAGCAAGAAAAACAAAUGAUUAUUUAUCAAACGUAAUAAUGGCUAAAAACUGCAUUGAAGAGAAAAAAAAUGAUUUGAAUGCAGCUAUGAAGAUAGCAAGAGAGUUAAAGUCAGCACCUUCUCUAAGGACUUAUUGUGACCUGAAUCAGAUUAUUCGCGCCUUGAAGUUAACCUUUGAGAAUGAAUUGCCACAAGUUAGUGCUCUAAAACUAAGGAAAUCUCCGAGGUUGAAUAUGAGUUGCAGUGAGAUCAUCUCUGUGUUCAACAGUAUGAUAAAGAUUGACUUUGAAGACUCAACAAAAUACCCCCAAGAAAAUGAAAUUGGCCAGAACCUUGAAAAGAAAUAUAAUCACGAAAAGAAAUUUUCUUGUCGUGAUACAUUCCUAUCGCCAGCAAAAAAAAAGGUUGACAUGCCUGUCCUAACUAAUGAACCCCUACCACCUCCUUUGCAACCCGAAACUGAUGAUGUGCAUUUGGAAGCAAAAAACUUUCAGCCACAGAAAGAAGUUGUUGCAACAACAUCCCCUAAAAGCAUUGCUGCUCUACCCCAGAUGGGAUCUAGCCCUGAUGUGAUCAUUGAAGAAAUUAUUGAAGAAAACCUGGAAAGUUCUCCAGAGCUAGUUUUUGUAAGUCAUGUAAUACAUCCUUGCCACUUCUACAUUCGGAAGUAUUCACAAAUAAAUGAUGCAACAGUAUUGGAAAAGAUGGUCAAUCAGUUUUGCAAUAAGAGUUUACACCUUGAUCCGUCAGACAUUUUGGAGCUAGGUGCAAUAGUAUUUGUCAGCAGUAUUGGAAAUGGAAUGUGGUGUCGAGGAAUUAUCACUGAAUUAAUUCCAAUAGAAAAUGAAAAUAUUAGAAAACAUUGUAGUGCAACUAAAUUUUCAGUCAGUGAAGUUGCACUAAUACAGAUAUUCAUGGUGGAUUUUGGAAAUUCUGAAGUCCUAAUUGUUGCAGGAGUUGGUGAUACCCAUGUGAAAUCAGAACACAUUGCUGAGCAACAUAUAGUACUAAAUGACUUAUGUCUGGUCCUAAGGAAGUCUGAACCAUAUAUUGAAGGGCUGCUGAAAGACUUCCAGCCAUUAGCACAGCCAUGCUCAUUGAAGGACAUUGUUCCACAGAAUUCAAAUGAAGCUUGGGGAGAAGAAGCUAAAGUAGAAUUUUUGAAAAUGGUAAAUAACAAGGCUGUUUUAAUGAAAGUUUUUAGAGAAGAAGAUGGUGUGCUUAUUGUAGAUCUGCAAAAACCACCAACAAAUAAAAUAAGCAGUGACAUGCCUGUGUCUCUUAGAGAUGCAUUAGUAUUUAUGGAACUGGCCAGGUUUAGGUCGCACUCACCAAGAAGUCUUUCUGAAAAAAAUAUGAUUUUACACUAUCAUCCACCUAUUUUACCUAAAGAAAUGACAGAUGUUUCAGUUAUGGUUUGUCAUAUAAAUAGUCCUACCGAUUUCUAUCUUCAGUUG